AUCAAACACAAGUCGAAUUUUGAGUUGAAACUAUUUUUAUCAAGUUAAAGUUAAUGCGAGUUUGAUUUGACUCGACUCAUUUUUGGUCGUCAGUGUAGAAGUAGUUUUUGUAAUGACUUACCCAAACGGGUCAGAAGUGGAAACUCUUUACUCCACAGCCAUCUUAUCCACUGAACUAGUUGGAAGCUAUCACUUUCCAACUUUAUGUGUAAACAUAACCACCCAUUAUGGGAGUGUGAACAAAACCCUCCCUAAAGUCACUAAGCAGAAAGUUGUCCUUAGAUUUCUAAGGAAGACUUUGACCAACAAAAGCUUAUUACCACGCGUCUUCUUGGAAAAACACUUAAAAGUUAUAACUACUAUUGAAAUAUAAAUCAAUCAAUAGGGUCUGUAUAAUUUGAUGCCUAUUUAGUGGACUCAAAUAUAUCGUUAUUUUCCAAGUUACUUAUCCACUCAUCCCCUCAAAUAUGUCAAGAUACCAAACCUUUGUUUUUCUCAUCAUUUUCCAUUUGAUUCACCAUUCAUCAUUUGGUUGUUUGGAAGAAGAGAAACAAUCACUUAUUGAACUCAAAGGAAGUUUUAAUGAUCCAUCAUUAAGAUUUUCCUCUUGGGAAGGAAAUGAUUGUUGCAAAUGGAAAGGAAUUAGUUGCAGCAACAUUACCAACCAUGUUGUCAAAAUUGACCUUAGGAAUCCAUGCUACCCUAAAAAAGGAGAAGAUUAUCAACAAAACUGUUCCUUCUCAAAAUAUAAGCUUGAAUCUCAAUAUAUUCACCCUUCUCUUUCAAAGUUCAAAUAUCUUACCUAUUUGGACCUUAGUGGAAACAAUUUUAAUUCAAGUCCAAUACCAACUUGGUUCAAUUCUAUUAACCAGUUACAAUAUCUUUCUCUCUCUGAUUCUCAUUUUAGUGGCAUGAUCCCAAAUGAUCUAGGAAAUCUUACAAAAUUGUACUUUCUUGAUCUCAGCUUCAAUUCUUGGUUACAUUCUGAUGAUAUCUAUUGGGUUUCAAAACUUUCAUUGCUUCAAAAUCUUUACAUGAGUGAUGUUUUUCUUGGUAAGUGGGUGCUAGUAACAUGGACAGACAAAGAAAUCAAGCACAUACUGCAAAAUUGUUACAAGGCACUCCCAGCAGGUGGAAAAGUAAUUGCUUGUGAGCCGGUGUUGCCGGAGAAUUCAGAUGAUAGUCACAGAACAAGGGCAUUACUUGAAGGUGACAUAUUUGUGAUGACAAUUUACAGAGCUAAAGGAAAACAUAGGACUGAAGAACAGUUUAAGCAGCUUGGAAUUUCUGCAGGUUUCAAUCUUUUCAAAUCCUUUCAUGUGGAUUAUUUCUACACUGUUCUUGAGUUUCAGAAAUGAAUGAAAUUAAGUAACUCUAGAUGUAAUUCAUGGAUUUUCUGAACUUUGACUUUGUAUGUGUAAUAAUUGGUAAUAUAAUGUGGAUGGCUUUUAUGGCACCCGAAAAUAAUUUGAA